UUCUUUUCUAGUUCUCUAAAUCAACAUUUUUCGGUAUAAGAAAAUGGGUGUUCCAGUUGAUGAUCAUAGCAUCACUUCGGAACCAUCUUUGAAGUUCUUGAUAUAUGGAAGAACAGGGUGGAUAGGUGGUCUUCUUGGCCCAAUCUGUGACAAACAGGGCAUAUCGUAUGAGUACGGAAGAGGUCGUCUGGAGGAAAGGUCCUCGUUAAUGGAAGACAUUCAGAACGUCAAGCCUACUCAUGUUUUCAAUGCUGCAGGUGUAACCGGUCGACCUAAUGUCGACUGGUGCGAGUCGCACAAGACAGAAACAAUCCGUGCCAAUGUUGCUGGUACACUGAACUUGGCUGAUGCGUGUAGGGAGAAUGGAUUGCUGAUGAUCAAUUUCGCUAGUGCAUGCAUAUUUGAAUAUGACGCUGAACACCCAAAAGGUUCAGGUAUUGGAUUCAAGGAGGAAGACGUGCCCAACUUCGCUGGUUCCUUCUACUCAAAGACCAAGGCCAUGGUUGAAGAGUUGCUGAAGGAAUAUGACAACGUUUGCAUUCUCAGAGUUCGCAUGCCGAUAUCGUCAGACCUUAACAACCAACGCAAUCUCAUCACAAAGCUCAGUCUUUACGACAAGGUUGUUAACAUUCCCAACAGUAUGACAGUCUACGAUGAACUUCUGCCUAUUGCAGUGGAGAUGGCUAAGAGGAAUCUGAAAGGUGUAUGGAACUUUACAAACCCAGGAGCCAUGAGUCAUAACGAGAUAUUAGAGAUGUACAGGGAAUAUAUCGACCAAGACUUUAAAUGGAGUAACUUCACCCUUGAAGAACAGGCUAAGGUGAUUGUUGCUGCUCGAUGCAGCAAUGAGAUGGAUGCGUCUAAAUUGAAGAAGGAGUUUCCUGAGUUACUGUCAAUUAGGGAAUCGCUUAUCAAAUAUGUGUUUAAACCCAACCAGAAAACUUCUGCUUUAUAUUUCAAGGAACUGUGACAAUCUGCACUUGGCAUUAGUUUGUACUUUAUUUGAAGCGGUUAAUAAAUUCGGAGGUGUACGUGUGUCUCUGGUGGCUGUAAUACAAUUCUUGUUUUUCCGGUUUAAGCUGAUACUUCAACAUUACUCAUGAAAGAAACAUACAGAUACUUCCAAACUAGACUCAAUUAGAUUUCAAUGGAGACUCAGACAACAUCAGAUGGAUAAAAAUUGCACUAGUUUUCGUUCUGAUGCUAUCUCACCUUAAGAUACAAAGACGGAAGAAUAUGGUUUCUGGACUAACCCCCUAUGAUUUAUAUAGUAGAAGUGGAAGAUCAAAGGGGUCCUAAAUAUAGAAGUUUGAAGAAAUAUGGAAACGCGUUUCAAAUCACAACUCUAAUGGUACACAAUAUGGUUCAUGCCGAUGGAUCCGUCGUUCAAACUUUUGAUUACUUAAAGCAAAAUGGGCUACAAGGAUUUGUUGAUAUUUGGCCAAGACCUACUGCCAUAGCAUGGAAAAUUAUUGCUUGCUAUGCAGCAUUUGAGGAUCUACUUCAACUUGCUCUUCCUGGCAAACGAUUUGAAGGUCCCAUCUCUCCUGCAGGGAAUGUACCUGUCCACAAGAUGGUAUUUGGAAAACUGAAGACAAUUAGAAACGUUUAACCCUGCAAUCGUCUAUGACCAUUUGGGAGAGAUUUACUCAGCACUCAUCUUCGGAAGUUUAAUCUUUUGCAUCCUUCUAUACAUAAAAGGUCAUAUUGCUCCAUCCUCCACCGACUCCGGAUCAUCUGGGAAUCCUAUCAUUGACUUCUACUGGAAUUAAGCUUAUGGAAUUUGAACUGUCUCGGGGCUGCAGCCUUUUUUUUAAAGUUUUAUGUUUGGGAAACACAUGCAUUAUGCCUGCCAUGGCAAUGGAGCUAUAUCCUCGAAUUGGGAAAUACUUUGAUAUUAAGGUCUUUACAAGUACAAAUUGUAGAUUCGGUAUGAUGUCUUGGGGUGUUCUUGCUGUCACCUAUUGUAUCAAGCAG